CCAGGAGAAGUUUCUAGGCGUGCGUCUCUGGUGUUUAUUAAGCUCCUGGCUUCCCUGUAGACCUCCGCGGCUCUGGCUGCGAGCCUGGGCAGCCUGGGAGGACAGUGGCUUGCUGAUCUCUGGUAAGGGGAGCGGAGAGCGACCCUUUGGGAUUCUGCUGGACCUGCUGGGGGUCAUCUCUGGUGGCUGGAGUGUCUUUGGGGGCUGGCACCCCGGCCUGGUUUGCACCACUGUGUUUGGCAGUGGAUGGUUCUACUUCUCCCCGACAGAAGACCAGCAUUUUCUAAGGCUGAAGAAUAAGCUUUGAAGGGCAGUCCACCCACAUCAUCUUGCUGUGUGACCUUGGGCAGGUGACUCCUUAUCUCUGAGCCUCUGUUUCCCCUCUGAGCUCAGCAGCCACCAUGGCUGAUGGUCAGAUGCCUUUUUCUUGCCACUACCCCAGCCGCCUGCGCAGAGACCCCUUUCGGGACUCUCCCCUCUCCUCCCGCCUGCUGGACGAUGGCUUUGGCAUGGACCCCUUCCCUGACGACCUGACUGCCCCUUGGCCUGACUGGGCCCUGCCUCGUCUCUCCUCCGCCUGGCCAGGAACCCUGAGGUCUGGCAUGGUGCCCCGGGGGCCAACUGCCACGGCCAGGUUUGGGGUACCUGCCGAAGGCAGGAGCCCCCCACCCUUCCCUGGGGAGCCCUGGAAAGUGUGCGUCAAUGUGCACAGCUUCACGCCAGAGGAGCUGACAGUCAAGACCAAGGACGGAUAUGUGGAGGUUUCCGGCAAACACGAAGAGAAGCAGCAAGAAGGUGGUAUCGUUUCCAAGAACUUCACAAAGAAAAUCCAGCUUCCUGCAGAAGUGGAUCCUGUGACAGUAUUUGCCUCACUUUCUCCAGAGGGUCUGCUGAUCAUCGAAGCUCCCCAGAUCCCCCCUUACUCACCAUUUGGAGAGAGCAGUUUCAACCAUGAGCUUCCUCAAGACAGCCAGGAAGUCACCUGUACCUGAUACCCCAGUCUUGGGCCAUCCUUGUUCUGUCCCGAACCCUAGGGCUUCUCUGAUUCCAGGGUGGAUUACGUUAGCUGAACUCAGAUUUAGUGCAAGUAAAAUAUUGGGGGGUGGGGGGUGGGGACUAACCUUAGAUUCCCUGGAUAGUGUAGUAGCAGAUUUCUCCACAGGAUGACGCAAUUAGCAAAUCAUGCUUGGUUGCGUUAGGCCAAAAUACUCGGAGUUUUUCUUUAUCUUUUUCAUCUUGAUGAAAAUGUUGCACAUUGUAUAGUUGCAAAGUAAUAGAAGAGGACUUACCACUAUACAUUGUAUCUUACCUUGCAGCUAAUGCAAAGGUUACUUUUCUCUGGGGACCUCCCCAUCACCCAGAUUCCUACUCUGGGCUCCCAAUUUCCGUGCCUCUCACAUGGUUUGGUUCAUGGAACCCAUUAGCUCACCCUAUUGUGUUUCUACAUCCCUGACCUACAAAAGGUAAUAGACAGGUCUUAUAUCCCCCUAUGGGAUUUAUCCACCAACCACAUUAAAACAAACAGUGCCUUCUGCCCUCUGCCCAGAUGUUUACAGCAUGUUCCCAAGAUUCCCAAGCUGGCACUCCCUAAGGACUCUGGGAGCCUCUCAGAUUAUUCUCCGGCUAAGGUCCUCCCUUUCUUGUAUCCCCUAUGGCUAAGUCGGGAUUUUUACAGAGUGGGCUGUCUUCAAACAGCUCCACCAGGAACCAAGCAAAGGCCAGACAGCCUGGAAGACAGGCUAGUGGUAUUGUGUAUAUGGGUGGGAUGUGUGUGUCAUUGUUAUUUGAGUUGUGCUGUUGUUUAGGGGGAAGUAACAGUAAAUAAUAAUAACAAUAAUAAUAAAGGAUUUGAUGUUCUUA